AUGCGUCCAGGUAUCCUGGCUGCCUUCCUCCUCUUGAGCUGGACUCACUGUCGGGCCCUGCCCCUCCCCAGUGGUGAUGAUGAUGAAGACUUGUCUGAGGAAGACCUCCAGUUUGCAGAGCAUUACCUGAAAUCUUAUUACCAUCCUUUAAAUCUUGCGGGAAUCCUGAGGAAGAAUGCAGCAAGCUCCAUGGUAGAACGGCUCCGAGAAAUGCAGUCUUUCUUUGGCUUAGAGGUGACUGGCAAACUUGAUGAUAGCACCUUAGAUAUCAUGAAAAAACCAAGGUGUGGUGUCCCUGAUGUGGGCGAAUACAAUGUUUUCCCUCGAACUCUCAAAUGGUCCAGAAUGAACUUAACCUACAGGAUUGUGAAUUAUACCCCUGAUAUGACUCAUUCUGAAGUGGAGAAGGCAUUUAAAAAAGCCUUCAAAGUGUGGUCAGAUGUGACACCUUUGAAUUUUACCAGACUCCAUGAUGGCACUGCAGAUAUCAUGAUCUCUUUUGGAACUAAAGAGCAUGGAGACUUCUAUCCAUUUGAUGGACCCUCUGGUCUGCUGGCUCAUGCUUUUCCUCCUGGACCAAACUAUGGAGGGGAUGCUCAUUUUGAUGAUGAUGAAGACUGGACAAGUAGUUCUAAAGGCUACAACUUGUUUCUUGUAGCUGCCCAUGAGUUUGGUCACUCCUUAGGUCUUGACCACUCCAGUGACCCAGGAGCACUCAUGUUCCCUAUCUAUACCUACACUGGAAAAAGUCAUUUCAUGCUUCCCGAUGAUGAUGUGCAAGGAAUCCAGGCUCUCUAUGGUCCAGGAGAUGAAGAUCCUAACCCUAAACAUCCCAAAACACCAGACAAAUGUGACCCCUCCUUAUCCCUUGAUGCCAUUACCAGUCUCCGAGGAGAAACAAUAAUCUUUAAAGACAGAUUCUUCUGGCGCCUGCACCCUCAGCAGGUUGAUGCAGAGCUGUUUUUGACAAAAUCUUUUUGGCCGGAACUUCCCAAUCGUAUCGAUGCUGCAUAUGAGCAUCCUUCUCAUGACCUUAUAUUUAUCUUUCGAGGUAGAAAGUUUUGGGCUCUUAAAGGUUAUGAUAUUCUGGAGGGUUAUCCCAAAAAAAUAUCUGAAUUGGGUUUUCCAAAAGAGGUUAAGAAGAUAAGUGCUGCUGUUCAUUUUGAGAACACGGGCAAGACUCUCUUCUUCUCAGGAGACCAGGUCUGGAGAUAUGAUGAUACUAAUCAUAUCAUGGACAAAGACUCUCCCAGACUGAUAGAGGAGGACUUCCCAGGAAUUGGCGAUAAAGUGGAUGCUGUGUACGAGAAAAAUGGUUAUAUUUAUUUUUUCAAUGGACCCAUACAGUUUGAAUAUAGCAUCUGGAGUAACCGUAUUGUUCGUGUCAUGCCAGCAAAUGCAUUACUGUGGUGUUGA